AUGGCACAGCUGCACGAAAAGGUGAAAUCUGCAAGCUUUCUGGUGCCUCAGCUGUCAAAGCACCGCCUCAGUGCUCUUGUUGUUUCCACUGCUGCUGCUGGCUACAUAGCAGGCAGUGGAGAUGAGAUCGACUGGGCUGGGCUGGCUUGGACGUCCCUGGGCACCUUUGCCUGCGCAGCUGCUGCCAACACACUGAACCAGGUGUACGAAGUGGUAACAGACUCCUUGAUGGAGAGGACAAAGCGACGGCCACUCCCUCUUGGCCUGCUGUCGCGAAGGCAUGCGCUGGCUUUUGCUGGGGUCAUGGGAGUCGGAGGCAUCACUAUCCUGGCUUACAAGGCGAAUGCCACAACUGCAGCGUUGGGCGCUGCAAACAUCGGGUUGUAUGCGGCCGUGUACACGCCACUGAAGGUGGUGAGCGUGGCAAACACCUGGGUGGGUGCGGUGGUGGGCGCCAUACCUCCGCUCAUGGGCUGGGCUGCAGCUGCGGGCCAGCUGGACAUUGGAGCAGGAGUGCUGGCUGCGGCGCUCUACUUCUGGCAGCUGCCGCACUUUCUGUCGCUGGCGUGGCUGUGCCGAGCGGACUAUGCGCGCGGCGGCUACAAGAUGCUGACGCUGUUUGACGCCACCGGCCGGCGCACGGCGGCAUGCGCGCUGCGCAACUGCCUUUACCUCAUGCCCCUGGGCGCGGCGGCUGCCUGCCUCGGCGUCACCACAGGAGCAUUCGCGUAUGAGAGCGCGAUCAUCACCGGCAUCAUGGCCACCACUGCAGCCUCCUUCCUGCAGACGCCCAGCCCGACGGCUGCGCGGAGGCUCUUCCGCGCAUCGCUGCUGCACCUGCCGCUGUUUAUGGCCGGCAUGGCGCUGCACCGCAUCCCUCGGGACAAGCAGGCUCUCAGCUCGCAGCAGACAGUGCUCAGGCUGGGCGUCCCGCUGCAUCAUGCCAUGGGGAGAGGGGCACCAGCCGAGGUUGGUGCCAGCAGGGCUCCAAUGCUGGGGGCCAUUUCUGUGGCUCCCUUCCCAUUCCUUCCUGUCCCGCUGCAGCUACGAUGCCCCUCCAAGGUGGCAUGCGCAGAGGGGCCUAGUAGUGACAACGCUGAUGUAGAGAAAGACAGGUGAUAUCGCGUGAAACAACAAUUUACGUCUGCAGGCAUUUUAUUUUAAGAAUGCUGCCAAGGUUCUGUUUUGGGACCCGAGGUAUGCAUACAGAUAUCUCAUAUCAGAUUAGAAUAUGGGAACCUUGCUUGGCACCAUCUCCGGAAACUCCACUACCAAAGAAUUGCUUGCUCAUGCAUGCUUUGUAACCGUGAGCAAUAAUA